AUGGCCCGCCGGUACCCCAAGUCGCUGUGGAGAAGGAUUCAUGUUCCCCUUUUCCUCGGUGGGCUAAAUUACCUGCCCCCUGCAACCGGGAUGAAUUACGGCAGUUGGGCAAUUGUUGGACUCACCUUUGGCUGGCUCGUUCGGAAACGUCUGCAUGGCUGGUGGAGUAAGUACAACUUUGUGCUGAGUUCUGCCAUGGACUCAUCCGUGGGAAUUGCUGGUGCGCUGAUUUUCUUGACAAUCUAUUUCACUGGAGCCAGCGAACAUCUCAACUGGUGGGGAACAGAGGUUUAUAAGAAUACCUGCGACUGGAAAGGCUGUGCAGAUCUUUCCGUGUCAAAGGGCCAAAAAUUCGGCACGUAG